UGAUUUAUUUUCCUAACUUCAUCACACGCAAAAUCAUGCGCGUCCACGACUGCGGUCAAUUUCAAGUAGCGAUUGCCACGAGAGCACGCAGUCCCCAUUUGACGGGAUAAAUAAAUUAAAUCUCAUCACAAGCCUAAAUCCCUAAAAAUAAUCUAACACUUUAUUAAUUGAAUUUCCUCUUUCACACCGAUCGGCGCGUGUCUUUCACUUAUCUUAUGGGCCAAUCACCAUCCAUCGCUGCUCACCUCUCCGCCACCAAUCGUCUUCCACCUCCACAUCCCCCGCGGCCGAUUCUUUCCACCGAAGUAGUCACAACAACCGAUGCAGACUACACCGAUAAUAUUCCGGACGAGUGUUUAGCUUACAUUUUCCAGUUUCUCUCCGCCGGCGAUCGCAAAAACUGUUCCUCCGUGUGUAGGCGGUGGGAUCUCGUCGACGGACGUAAUCGCCACCGUCUUUCACUCAAAGCACAAUCGGAAAUUAUAUCUUAUAUUCCGUCUCUAUUCACUCGGUUUGACUCGGUCACUAAACUCGCUCUCCGUUGUGACCGUAAAUCAAUCAGCUUAAACGACGACGCAUUCGUUAUGAUCUCAAUCCGUUGCCGUAACCUCGAACGGCUGAAGCUGCGCGGCUGCCGUGAGAUAACGGAUAACGGGAUGGCAGAGUUUGCAAAAAACUGUGUAAAAUUGAAGAAAUUGUCGUGCGGAUCGUGUGCUUUUGGAGUUAAAGGAAUUUACGAAAUGAUUAAUCACUGUACGGCUCUUGAUGAGCUGUCUAUUAAACGGCUACGAGGCGGCGGUGAGAAUCUACUCGGUGGAGAAGCGACAACGACGUCGUUUUCAUCCUUGAAGUCAAUUUGCUUGAAGGAGUUGGUAAACGGUCAGUGUUUUGAACAGUUAGUAAUUAAUGCUAAAAAACUUAAAACUUUGAAGAUAAUUAGGUGUUUAGGUGAUUGGGAUAAGGUUUUUAAUAUAAUUGGAAAAGAAAAUGAGUGUUUGAUUGAGGUUCAUUUAGAGAGGAUUCAAGUGAGUGAUUUCGGACUCGAAUCGAUUUCGAAACGGGUGAAUUUAGAGAUUUUACAUAUUGUUAAAACACCUGAGUGUUCCAAUUUAGGGUUAGUUAGUAUAGCAGAGAAUUGUAAGAAGUUAAGGAAGUUACACAUUGAUGGAUGGAGGACUAAUCGGAUUGGCGACGAGGGUUUAAUCGCCAUCGCGAAACAAUGUCCUAGUCUUCAAGAAUUGGUUCUGAUUGGUGUUAAUGCUACACAUUUGAGCUUGGGUGUUAUUGCUGCUAAUUGUCAAAAACUCGAAAGAUUGGCACUUUGUGGCAGUGGGAUUAUAGGUGAUCAGGAGAUUGCGUGUAUUGCAGCGAAAUGUGCUGCGUUGAAGAAGUUCUGUAUAAAGGGGUGUGCGAUCUCGGAUGUAGGGAUUGAAGCACUUUCUUGGGGAUGUCCUAAUUUGGUGAAGGUUAAGGUUAAGAAAUGUAGAGCGGUGAGUAAUGAAGUUAUGGAUUGGCUGCAAGAUCGAAAAGCUUCGCUUCUUGUUACUUUUGAUGGUAUUGAUAAUGAAGGUAUUGAUAAUGACGGUAUCGAUGCUACUAGUGUCAGUGACGGUGUUGGUCAGGAGAGUGGUUCUGGGUUUCUGCAAAUGAGCGGUCAAUUGGUUGUAGCUGAUGGGUCGUCGUCUGGUAGUAAUACUAGCGGUGGCAGAUUGGCGUUGUUCAGAGCAAAGCUUGGCGGUUUUGCUAGUAGGAAUUUGGUACCUUGCACCUUUAGCCGGUGGUCAAACAACGAAGACGGUAGUCCAAGUAACAUCUGAAUGAUCUCUGUAAGAAUUUUACUUUAAUGGAUCAAAUUGCUCCGUGUUUUUGCUUAUUUAGUUUCUUUCGAAUUCAUUGAUUUGUGUUGGUUAUAUGAAAUCAACAGAAAGAUUUAUGUUCUUUCGUUGGCUAUGUUGUUUGUUCAUUUAUAAUGGUUUAUCACAUUCUUUGCCUCUUUUAAUUUCA